UGCAUUGCUUUAUUUUGCCUCGUAGCUCGGGGAGAUGAGAGAGACGCAGCCGUGUCUGUCCCCGGAGGAGCAAGCCCGCCGCCGCCGACCGUGAGCAGUGCGCCGGCAUGAAAGUCACGACAGUGUCACGCCGCCCCCGCUUCUGGAAGCGCACGUUUUCCGCGUGAAUAUCUAAGUGUGAGUGUGUGUGCCUGUGCGCGCGCGCGUGUGUGUGCGUGUGUGGCGUUCGUCAUGGCCUCUGAGAACGUGACCCUGGAGAAUCAGCUCCACAGUGCCCAGAAGAACCUGCUGUUCCUGCAGCAGGAUCACAGCAGCACACUGAAGGGCCUCCAUGCUGAGAUACGGCGCCUGCAGCAGCACUGCACAGACCUGACAUAUGAGCUGACAGUCAGGAGCUCUGAUCCCAAUGACAGUGGGGAGGAACGCUGCAGGGUGCUGCACCGUCGCUGUGAGGAGCUGGAGGAGCAGCUGAAGGCCAAAGAGCAGGAGAACGCGGAGCUCCUGCGUGACCUGGAGCAGAAGAACGCCAUGAUCUCCGUGCUGGAGAACACCAUCCGUGAGCGGGAGAAGAAGUACUUGGAUGAGCUCAAGCACCGCAGCCACAAGCUGGCCGUGCUGAGCGGAGAGCUGGAACAGAGAGCCAGUACCAUCUCCUAUCUCAGCUCACAACUCCACGCCACCAAGAAGCGCCUCCUGGCUGGCGGCUCGUCUGGGACCGGCCCGGCCGUCAGCCCCGCCCCGCCCCUAGCCACACCCUCAGCACAGCCCCCAGCCCCACCUAGUGCUGCAGACAGAGACGCUCGGCAGCCGGACACGCCUCGCAGGCGUAUGCGGAAGAGCCUGUCGCAGCCCUUGCACUGCGAGUACACGGAGCUGUACCGGAUAGGCGCUUCCGAUGGCCGCAGGGUGGUGCUGAGGGACACCGUAGACGCCAUGCCUGACCCCACGCCCUUCCUGCAGGUCCGAGAGCUGCCCGCCCCUUCCGAGAGCCCGCCCCUGCUGAGGGAACGCCCCCCUGUGAUCCCACCCAUUGCUCCUGCAGCCACACCCCCUGCACCAUCGAGCCCCGCCCAUGUGCCUGUACCGCCAAGUCCCAGGAGCAGCCCCGCACGGGACAGGCCACAUCGAGGGACCGCCCACAUAGGGGUGGCGCACAGGAUCCACCGCUCAUCGUCAGCUGGGGGCGGGGCCAGAGCACAGCCAGAAGUGGAGACCCUGGCUGUGGACCAGGUCAGCGGGGAGAAGGUGGUCCGCAAACACUCCGAAACUGACAGAACUGUUUAAGACUGACAACACACACACACACACACACACACACACACACACACACACACACACAUUCAGACCAGUGCAGUAUUGGCAGAACUGCCUUAAGGCUGUGAAAAUACACCCCCAUAUACACACACACACACACACACACUUCACACACUUAACACAGCACAAGUGGAAGAAGGCUCUCCAAACUACACACACACACACACACACACACACACACACACACACACACACUCCCCUAUAGAAUG